CCCGCCCGUGUUGUCGCGGCGGCCCUGAGAUGGCGGCGGUGGCGGCGGGCGCGUCGGGCUCGGCGGCCGGCGCGGCCCCUCAGCAACAACCGCCGCCUCAGCAGCAGCCGCAGCCGGCGGCGGGCGGAGCGGCGGGUUCCGGGGAGGCGGGCGGCGGAGGCGGCGGGGGGGCCGGCGGAGGAGGAGGUGGCGGCGGAGGUGCUGGGCCCGCAGCGGGGUCGGGGUCGGGCGGCGGCGCGGCCGGUGGGGAGUCGUGGUACCUGGCGUUGCUGGGCCUGGCCGAACACUUCCGUACGUCGAGCCCGCCCAAGGUGCGGCUCUGCGUGCACUGCCUGCAGGCCGUGCUGCCCCGCAAGCCCCCGGCCCGCAUGGAGGCCCGCACCCACCUCCAGCUCGGCUCCGUCCUCUACCACCACACCCGCAACGGCGACCAGGCCCGCGGGCACCUGGAGAAGGCGUGGUUGAUAUCCCAGCAAAUUCCCCAGUUUGAAGAUGUUAAGUUUGAGGCAGCCAGCCUUCUGUCUGAACUGUAUUGUCAGGAGAAUUCAGUGGAUACAGCAAAACCUCUGUUACGCAAAGCCAUUCAGAUUUCACAGCAGACUCCGUACUGGCACUGUAGAUUGCUUUUUCAACUUGCACAACUACAUACACUUGAAAAAGACUUAGUAUCUGCAUGUGACCUUCUCGGAGUUGGAGCAGAAUAUGCUCGGGUGGUAGGAUCAGAGUAUACCAGAGCACUGUUUCUGCUAAGCAAGGGGAUGCUCCUUCUAAUGGAACGAAAGCUGCAGGAGGUGCACCCUCUCCUUACUCUUUGUGGGCAGAUAGUUGAAAACUGGCAAGGAAACCCCAUCCAGAAAGAGUCGUUACGUGUAUUCUUCUUAGUCCUGCAGGUCACGCAUUACCUGGACGCCGGGCAGGUGAAAAGUGUGAAGCCAUGCCUGAAACAGCUUCAGCAGUGCAUCCAGACCAUAUCCACGCUGCACGAUGAUGAAAUUCUGCCCAGCAACCCUGCUGAUCUCUUUCACUGGCUGCCCAAGGAACACAUGUGUGUGCUUGUCUACUUGGUGACAGUGAUGCAUUCCAUGCAAGCAGGGUACCUGGAGAAGGCUCAGAAGUACACAGACAAAGCGCUCAUGCAGCUAGAGAAGCUAAAAAUGUUGGACUGCAGUCCUAUCUUGUCAUCAUUCCAAGUUAUUUUGUUGGAACACAUUAUCAUGUGUCGGCUUGUCACAGGACACAAAGCCACGGCGUUGCAGGAGAUUUCACAAGUCUGUCAGCUCUGCCAGCAGUCUCCCAGACUGUUUUCUAAUCAUGCUGCCCAGCUGCACACUCUAUUAGGGCUCUACUGCAUUUCUGUUAAUUGCAUGGAUAAUGCAGAAGCACAAUUUACUACAGCACUGAGGCUCACUACACAUCAAGAACUGUGGGCAUUUAUUGUGACAAACUUAGCCAGUGUGUACAUCAGGGAAGGCAACCGGCAUCAAGAGCUUUACAGCUUAUUGGAAAGGAUAAAUCCAGACCAUAAUUUUCCUGUGAGCUCUCACUGUCUUCGAGCAGCGGCUUUCUACAUCCGAGGUCUGUUCUCCUUCUUUCAAGGAAGAUACAAUGAGGCAAAGCGAUUUUUGCGAGAGACACUGAAAAUGUCAAAUGCAGAAGACUUGAAUCGAUUAACAGCAUGUUCUCUCGUACUCCUGGGUCAUAUAUUCUAUGUGUUAGGUAAUCACAGGGAAAGUAAUAAUAUGGUAGUACCAGCCAUGCAGCUUGCAAGCAAGAUACCAGAUAUGUCUGUGCAGCUGUGGUCCUCAGCUCUGUUGAGAGACCUGAACAAAGCCUGUGGAAAUGCCAUGGAUGCGCACGAGGCAGCACAGAUGCAUCAAAACUUCUCGCAGCAGCUCCUGCAGGACCACAUUGAAGCAUGCAGUCUUCCAGAACACAAUCUAAUCACGUGGACAGAUGGACCACCUCCUGUACAGUUCCAGGCACAGAACGGACCCACCACCAGCCUGGCCAGUCUCCUGUGAAAAAGCAUAACUAUCAGGACAGUGUGUUUAAAAAGAAAAAAAAAAAAAAAAUGCCAAAAAAGGAGAAGAAAUUCAUGCAAAAUCUUUUCUUCAAAGAAAAGGCAGCAAAUUCCUCUUCUAGUGAGGGCCUUGUAGGAAACAGAUUGCAUAAAGACAACGUACAUUUCAUAGACUUGCAAAGUGAGAAGGGCAUUUUAAGCUGCUUUUACAUAAUGUGUGUGAAUAUACAGCUAGUGUGUAUAUACCUACUGGUUUUAAUCUGCUUUCCUCUUACUGAGAAUUAAGGUUUAGUCCAAAGGACACUUGUUCCUUAAAUUGUUAGAUACCUACUUUUUAAAAAUUGUCACAGAAAAUGAAGAGGACUCAUGCAGUUUUGAAUACCAAUUGCAUUCUAAAUACUUCAACCUUCCCUGAAGUACGACGCAUGCCAGUUUUAAUGUUUUCUGCAACCUUCCGCUCCUGGGAAUAAUUGGAUUAAAUCAUGAUUGAUUGUAGGGUGCCCCAAGUUCUAAAUUUAGUUUCUGAGGUAAUAUUUUUUUCCUUCUCAUUGUCUGCAAGUCGUUGCCAGCGCUGUUUUUAGCCUUGCGGUGAAGGUAUGGAUGAGAUCGGCGAGAUCCGAGUUCUGACGGGCAGGGUGUUUGCAGCCGGGGGGUGUGUUAGCAUCCUCGGGGUGGCCUCCAGGCUGAGUGGAGCAGACGGGUGCUGUUGUCAGAGGAGCAGGUUUCACCUCCCGGAUUCCUGAGUGUGUGACAAUGUGCCACCACUUUGUCCCUAUGAGGGUCUUCCUUCUCUCUCCCUGCAUUGAUGUCCAGCCCCGCACAGGGUAAGGCAGAACCACAGCUCUCUCCAUCUCUGCUACGUUGUCAUGAUUUGUACGGAAGGAGGAAAGUUCUUGUCCUCCUGUCUAGUCCCUGCUUUGGCCAAGCAACUGGGAAAUAGCGUUUUGCCUCUCUACUGCAGCCUCACCAAGGGAAGGCAGCCAUCUGUGCCUUAAUGAUUUUUACAAGUGAUUGAAGUCAGAGUUAAAGUAGGUGGUUAAAACCCAGAUCCAGUAUAAGCCAGAGGCUUAUGAUAAAAACUAAACUAUAGUCUUGCCUUUGGCAAAAACUUAAUGUUUCCAAACUUUUCUGUUAGCUUUCCUGUUCUAUCUCAGUUUUUUGAACUCUUCAGCUGUGAAUUCUCACUGCGUUUGCCUGUGCCUCUGCAGCUGUCUCAAAACAGGACAGAUGAGGCCCAAGUUUGUUCUGCAGAAAACAGUAUAAGAGUUGUUAAUUCCAUGAAGUAUCAGCAGCUUUCUAGCAAGGAUCCAUGCCAAUCCGUCAUAGUGCCAUGUAAAGCUUGCGAGGUUCAUGGGGUUGAAUAAAGUGUUUUUCUCUCUUGGUAGCUCUGCAUAUUUAUCUCCCAGCUUAAAAGGGGGAGGGAAAAGGAAUCUGCCAGAAAAAUUACUUGUGUAGGGCUUUCUGUGGUUGCUUCUUUUUCUGAGGGAGGAGGAAAAUAUUUGAGGUGAAAUAUUUGACCCCCUCAAACCUUUAGAACUUUUACUGUAGAAGGAAUACUGUGAAAUCUGUCUUUAAUCAUAGAAUGGUUUGGGUUGGAAGGGACCUUGAAGAUCAUCUAGUCCAACCCCCCGCAAUGGUCAUUCUUUCUCAGAAAGUCUUGUCCCCUGUCUAGCAACAGCUCACAGAGACACUUGCUUUUUGUAAGUCAAACCCCUCAAUUUUCACUGCUGAAUGAUACUGAGGGGACAAGUGCUUGUCCAAUUACCAAAAUAGGAUUUUAUGUUUCUCCUGCUGGACAUGUGAUGCCUAUUUAGAUCCUGUUCUGAGACACUCUUGCAGAAGCAAUGUAUAUUUUAGGCCUUGUUAAAUCUCCAACGGGGAAAACAUGGUCUCAAUAUUGGUAUAGGGAGAGAGUCUUAUUACUGGGUUUGCAAGAAAAUAAUUCAGUGCUGUUUGAAGUCUCCCUUAGAACUCAAAAAACGGGGAAGAAAUUUGUGAGUUAGCGUACCGGGUAUCUGGAGGCACCAAAUACAGGAAAGUCCAUGCAGAUGGACCCUGUUCUGCAUCGCUUGCUCAUUGAGAUUGUUCUGUGUCUGCCACCCGGCUCUCGUGGUCUCCUGUCCCCUCGAAGGCUUUGAGUCGCAGAGCUGACAGCUGGCCUGCUGCGGCAUUCCCAUGGAAGCCGCCAGGCUCGCAGCACCAGCGGCAGGAGCCCGUCUCCGUGCCAGCACCUCGGUGGGCGCGCACUGCCCGUGUGGCCCUGGUUUAUGGCGAGAGGAGAUGGGUUCACGCUUGCUCUGCUUGUCGGUCUAAGACAGCUUGGCUGUGCUGCAGGCAUCUGUUGGAACAACUUCCAAAGCUCAACAGCUGUCAUGUGCUUAGAUUUUGAUCAGGAAUAAUCAGGUAAAUCCUACCUUGGGAAUAUCGAUAUCCCACGGACUAUUUUUCAGUCUUUCCCUUUUUUGGGUGUAUGGGAAGCAGUAUCUCUCUUUGGCUGUUCCCUCCCCAAGUUGCUGGGUUGCAAGAACUCUACCUGUUUUUAAGCACCUAAACACAAUGGCCAUUUUCUUGACAGUGCUCUUCACAGCUGAGGAGUGACUAGUAACUGAAAAAGACAUACUUUAAAAUCUGCUAGAGUCCCAUUCAGGUAACCCAAGCAUUCUCUUCCUUGUCUCUUGCUAUCCAGUCUGAGGCUGUUACUUAACUGAUGACAUGCCCAUCUCAACUAUAAUAAAUUGCUUUAAAUGUUGGCUAAAAAAGUGCUGCUUCUAUAAGGCAAUAUUAAAAAAUCCCAACUCUAGAGAGCUGUGGUUUGGGCUGAGUUUAAGAAAAGCAUUUUGCAGCGAGAUGUCUCCCAGUGCCUGCUCAGGUAGCUGCAUCUCCUGACCUUACCUUGCUGCUGGGGGACCUGCAGAGCUGAAGACUGUGUUGCAGGAGAGCUGCAGUGGCAAUUUUCUGGCUUCUCGUUGUUGGUACUUGUGUGCGAACCAGGCUGCUUUGCAGUUCAAAUCCCUUGCUGGUCUGUUCUCGGGAGGGAAGGAAGUACUUGAGGGAAAGGCUGCCUGCUUGCCUGUGAUGUAAGUGAGCUCAGGUUUUAAUAGGAACCAUUUGCUAAACCUGGUAGCUGAACUUGCAGCGUCAGGAGGAGCAACCUGGGAUUUCCCUGUCUGUGACAAGCCAGCUUCACCUGGGCUUUGCUUUUGUGCAGAACAGCACUCGGCCGCACUCACCCACAGCCCUGUGGAGUCCAGAACUCUGCUCCAUUUCCGGAGUCCUCUUCCCAUCACAGAAUUUAAAAAAAUCAUGUAAAUUUGAAAAUAACUUGGUGAUUUUCUAUCUCUAAAAUUCAAUGUACAUUUGUUACAAUGUACAGUGCUUUUUAACUACACUUGUAUAUUAAAUUAUUUAAUAGUUUUUGCUUUUCAGUAUCUUUUGUAUGUAGCAGAGAUUAAAACAAGGACCUCAUAACUGAAGUUCUUCCUAAUUUUCAAAUGCCUAUGUAAAGUUGAACAGAAAACUAGAAGUUUACAGUUUACAAAUAAUGUUCUGUUAAGUGCUUGGUCUGUCUAACUUGAUUUGAACAACAUAUUUCUAAUCUUUCUUGUCCAAUCAUUUAAUUCUCUAUAGAAACAAACAUGAAGUCUUUUAUGAACUUCUAAAAAAAUUAUUCUUCUAAAGAUGUAAUUUAGAGAACUGUACAGUUUUUUCUCUAGUAUUUUUAAAUGAGUAGCAAGAACUUACACAGAAGCAUCUAAUCACUGUUUUGUAGAUAGUGUAAAAACUUAUAUAUGUAUAGAGAAUGCAGUCUGAAGAAGUGUUUUCCUGUUGUAUUUCAUUUCCUACAGUAUGAACAUCAGAAAGGCCCAUGCACACAGGAAAUCUAGAUCAAUCUGGCGGCUGGGGAAUUUAAAAUAAAAUAAAAAUCAUGAACUUCAUCCCCUGUCAUCCCAUAUGUGCACUCACUGUGACACCACGAGCAAAAAUUGACAUUGAUAAAAUGUUAGGGCCUUAAGUUGCUAUGCUGCCAGUGGACACAUGGAGUUCAGCACAACAUAUUCUGUGUUACUUCACUGCUUUAAUUUUAUUCAGUUUUUCCAAAUUCUCCAGCAAGUAAAAUUAUGAUAGGAGGAGUUCAGUAAUGUCCCAUUUUAUUUUUGAGAUUACUGACCUCUCCAAAUGAUGCUGAAUAAACCCGUUUCCGUAAUGUACGGCAGUUCUUGCCACAGUGGUGGUGAGUGAGUGAGAAGGAAAUCAUGUCGGUAGUUUAGGCUGUACAGAACACUUGGAGAAAUCAGGAUGAAAUAACACCUGUCUGUGCUCUUCUACUGUCUGUCUUAGCAAGUGUAUUUAAUUGUUUCCCGCAGUGAACCUUUAAAUGUUAUGUCAGGUUUGUACAAUGUAUUGUUAAGUGUUUGUAGUUCUCCAUAAGUAGCAGGACGUGUACCUUCUGCCAGUGCUCCUUCCUGAAGCUGUAAAUACAGUAACUCAUGUAAUGAGAUGGAACCGGGGGCAUUCCUUUGUUGCCUUUGUUUCCUCUCGUUUUCUAUAUUAGAAGAAUUUUUAAAUAAAGUUUAAUUUUACUUCUUCUA